UAGCUGAAGUUUUAUCGCCGAUAGGUGGAUUAUCUCGUUUAUCAUGCAUUAAUCGUGUUAUAUUGCAAGAAUUAGUUGCUUUUUUAAAGCCAUUUAAAAAAGUUAUUGUAGAUAUUCAGCAUAAUGACGCUACUCUUCACAAAGUUGUACCAUCCACCUGGUAUUUGAAAGAUCAUUGUUCAAGCUUAGUCAUUAAUUCACAUCGUGGUAUCAAAUAUUUCAAACAAAAGUGUUUAACAAUUAUGAAUAAUAAACUCGAUUUAACAGACAUUCAUUAUGCUGCUGCAAUAUUAGAUCCAACUAUUAGACAAUUAAAAGGUUGUACAGCAGGUGAACAGGCAAGAGGACAAAAAUUUUUGAAACGAAGACUGGACAAGAUGACAAAUCAACAAUUAGCUUCCCCAAUAGUAUCUGAUGUUGAUGAUGAACAAAAUUCUGAUGAUGAGUACUAUUUGAAUCGGUAUUCUGAUCAACAGAGUUGUGGAAGGAAAAACAAGAAAGAUGAAUUGAGCAAAUAUAUGAAAUAUGAUCAUCCGGAUGUUGAUAAAAAUAUAUAUACAAAACCGAUUAAUUUAAAUAAUAAAAAGAUCAAAGUUUGUGAUCCUUUACUAUUUUGGAAACACCUUCCAAAAACGUUUCCUUUAUUGGCUAAAGUAGUCGAACAAAUUUUGGCUAUUCCGGCGACAUCAGCUAGUGUAGAACGCUCGUUUAGUGGUGCAGGUUUAACUAUUACAGAACUGAGAACAAAUAUCAAUCCGGAUACAUUAAACGACUGUGUAUUUCUGAGAUCUGUAAAGAAGCAAAUGAAAAAUUGA